CCGGGAUUUGAAGGGGACGGCGUUACAUGUACGGAAGCCGUAGUGGAUCCAUGCGCAGAUCCUGCGCUGAACAACUGUGACGCUAAUGCAGAAUGUACCCCUGGUUCAGACGACCGUGUUAACUGUACUUGCAAAUCAGGAUUUCUAGGAAACGGGACAUCAUGUUAUCCAGAUCCAUGUAAUUCUCCCUUUAACAUCUGUAAUUAUAAUGCAAACUGUACCCCUGUGAGUGAAACUGAGGUUAACUGUGUUUGCAAAUCUGGAUUUCUAGGAAACGGGACAUCAUGUGUGCCAAAUCCAUGUACUGAUCCUGUGCUGAACAACUGUGACGAUAAUGCAAAAUGUACCCCUGGUUUAGACGAAGCUGUUAAUUGUACUUGCAAAACUGGAUAUGAAGGGAACGGGACAUCAUGUACGGAAGCCGUAGUGGAUCCAUGCACAGAUCCUGCGCUGAACAACUGUGAUAUUAAUGCAGAAUGUGCGAACACAAACGGAGGUGUUAGUUGCACGUGUUUACCUGGUUACCAAGGAAACGGUACAGAUUGCAAGAUGG